GGAGAUCGACAGCCCCGCACACCCACUGGGUGGAGAAGGGGGCCUGCCCGGCUGCAGGAAUUCAGCCUCAGGCUGGGGGCUGUCACCAAGGAGGAAUUUCCCCUUUUCAAAACGGACCGGGGACCCCUCCACCCCACCCCUUUCACUGUGCUUCUUAAAGGGAUCACACCGUUUUUCUUCUGACUCCAAGGAAGCCAGACUUGGGACGCUCUUUGAAGACUUUGAAUCUUUCCCUCCUGCUUCCUUCCCAACUGGCAGCCUUCCUGUGGCUGGUUGAGUCGGGACCUCCCAGGCAUGGCACUGACCAGGCGACCCAGUGCUGACUUGGUGCCAGGGCUCAUUCAGCCUCUGGUGGCAUCUUGCUUCCUCUCUCCUGGGGCGCAGUGGUGAGUUAGGGGCGCCCAGCCCUGAGUGUGCUUGGAGCGUGUCAUUGGCACCCCCUAUCACCCUCUCUCCCCCAAGCUGGAGGACGGUGAGGCUGUCAGGGGCUAUGAUGAGAUGAGUGGGGGCCGCUUUGACUUUGAUGAUGGCGGGGCAUACUGCGGGGGCUGGGAGGGGGGAAAGGCCCAUGGACAUGGACUGUGCACAGGCCCCAAGGGCCAGGGCGAAUACUCGGGCUCCUGGAACUUUGGCUUCGAAGUGGCGGGCGUCUACACCUGGCCCAGUGGGAACACCUUCGAGGGAUACUGGAGCCAGGGCAAAAGGCAUGGGCUGGGCAUAGAGACCAAGGGGCGCUGGCUUUACAAGGGCGAGUGGACACACGGCUUCAAGGGACGCUACGGAACUCGGCAGAGCAGCAGCAGUGGUGCCAAGUACGAAGGCACUUGGAACAACGGCCUGCAGGACGGCUAUGGCACCGAGACCUAUGCCGAUGGAGGGACCUACCAGGGCCAGUUCACCAACGGCAUGCGCCACGGCUACGGCGUGCGCCAGAGCGUGCCCUACGGGAUGGCCGUGGUGGUGCGCUCGCCGCUGCGCACGUCGCUCUCGUCCCUGCGCAGCGAGCACAGCAACGGCACGGUGGCCCCGGACUCGCCCUCCUCGCCGGCCCCGGACGGCCCCACGCCGCCCCCGGCCGCCAUCCCGCGCGGCGGCUUCGCGCUCAGCCUGCUGGCCAACGCCGAGGCGGCGCGGGCGCCCAAGGGCGGCGGCCUCUUCCAGCGGGGCGCGCUGCUGGGCCGCCUGAGGCGCGCCGAGUCGCGCACGUCGCUGGGCAGCCAGCGCAGCCGCGUCAGCUUCCUCAAGAGCGACCUCAGCUCGGGCGCCAGCGACGCCGCGUCCACCGCCAGCCUGGGCGAGGGCGCCGAGGGCGCGGAAGGCGCCGACGAGGCCGCGCCCUUCGAGGCCGACAUCGACGCCACCACCACCGAGACCUACAUGGGCGAGUGGAAGAACGACAAGCGCUCGGGCUUCGGCGUGAGCGAGCGCUCCAGCGGCCUCCGCUACGAGGGCGAGUGGCUGGACAACCUGCGCCACGGCUACGGCUGCACCACGCUGCCCGACGGCCACCGCGAGGAGGGCAAGUACCGCCACAACGUGCUGGUCAAGGGCACCAAGCGCCGCGUGCUGCCGCUCAAGAGCAACAAGGUCCGCCAGAAGGUGGAGCACAGCGUGGAGGGCGCCCAGCGUGCCGCCGCCAUCGCGCGCCAGAAGGCCGAGAUCGCCGCCUCCAGGACAAGCCACGCCAAGGCCAAAGCUGAGGCAGCGGAACAGGCCGCCCUUGCUGCCAACCAGGAGUCCAGCAUUGCCCGCACUGUGGCCAGGGAGCUGGCUCCGGAUUUCUACCAGCCAGGACCCGAGUAUCAGAAGCGCCGGCUGCUGCAGGAGAUCCUGGAGAACUCGGAGAGCCUGCUCGAGCCCCCGGAGCGGGGCCCAGGGGCCGCGGGGCCCCCGCCGCGCUCCCGCGAGAGCCCGCAGCUGCACGAGCACGAGCCCCUCGGGCCCGAGGGCGGCCCCCCGUCGCCGGCCGGGACGCCCCCGCAGCCCAAGCGGCCCCGCCCGGCGGCGACCAAGGACCGCCUGGCGAGCCCGGGCGCCUGGAACGGGGACCACGGCGCCCAGGGCAGCCGGCCGCUCACGCCGUCCGAGGGCGCGGGUCGCCGCAGCCCUGCGCGGCCGCCCACCGAGCACAUGGCCAUCGAGGCGCUGCAGCCGCCGCCCGCGCCGUCGCAGGAGCCCGAGGUGGCGCUGUACCGGGGCUACCACAGCUACGCCGUGCGCACCGCGCCGCCCGAGCCGCCGCCCUUCGAGGACGAGCCCGAGCCCGAGGCCUCCGGGCCCGACUCCGCGCCGCCGUCGCCGGCCGCCGCCCCGCCGCGGGCCCCCGAGCUCCCGCCCGAGUCCCCGCCCGAGUCCCCGGCCAAGCUGGAGCCCAAGCCCAUUGUCCCUAGAGCCGAGCCCAAGGCGAAGGCCCGCAAGACGGAGGCCCGAGGGCUGACCAAGGCGGGGGCCAAGAAGAAGUCUCGGAAGGAGGCGGCGCUGGCAGCCGAGGCCGAAGUGGAGGUGGAGGAGGUCCCCAACACUGUCCUUAUCUGCAUGGUGAUCCUGCUUAACAUCGGUCUGGCCAUCCUCUUCGUUCACCUCCUGACCUGACCCUUGUCUACCAGAGCCAGGAGUUUCUGCCGAGGGUGUGAGGGACCCACCUUUCUGCGCUACCAGGCCGGGUGGCACUGAGGUCCAGCUCGCCUCCACACCACAUCUGUUUAAGGAGGCCUCCCCUGGCCCUGGCGCCGGGUGACAGAGGUGCCCAGAGGAACGGAACGUGCUGGGGAUCCUCCGGAGCCCUGUGCCCAGCCUCGAAGGAAGAGCCCUGGUCUCUUGAGCGCGCCUGUCCCUCAUCCUCCCCCGUUCUCUCACCUUGCCGCUGGGGUCCCCCUUCCCUGAGCUUUUGUGUGUUUUGGGAGAGGUCACUAAACCAGGAUAGUAAUACUAACUCCCAGCCCCUUUCCUUCCACCCCUGCUCCCUUUCUUUUAACCGCCUGGCUGCUGAGGGAGUGACAGACCCCUGGGGCGGGCGAGCCGGGGACCCAGCCCCCGACGGCGCAGAGGCCCUGCCUUGAGUGGGCUCCACGCAGCGCACACUCUGUCCCUUGCUUACAGAUGUUCUGGACGACAAUGGAGGAAAUGGACAUGCUCAGUUUGAGUAUCCCGGGACCCAGUGCUCCUGUCUCCUCCCACCAGUCCAGUCAGUUUCCCUUCUGGACCAAGAGAAGAGGGGGGGACACGAGGCACUGGAGCCUGGGCCGGAAGCCAGGCUCAGGGGCCGUUGGGAUGGCCCCAGUCUUUGAGAGUGCCUGAGCCCGAGGCUGCAUCGCCUGGGGUUUACAGUGUGCCCAGAGCGCUAAAGGGCCACUCCACAGGAGCCCCCAGGGCCGCCAGGAGAACGCUAGCGGGAUGGCCUAUGAAUUGGUUUGUCGGUUUCCCUCACCAGGGCCCACCGCAGCCUCAAGGGAGAAUGAGCACGGAAGCCCUCGGAAGCCCGGGCAGAUUUCCCUGGGGCACACUCUCAGUCAGGUACCGAAGACAGGCUGUUUGGCAACAGUCGUUUCCCAGG